AUGUGUCCUGGUGCCGACACUGAGCCCAAUGGGCAAGCUAACGGUGCCAACGGUACCAAUGGUGCUGAUUUCGCCGGCUACACGGGUAUCGAGACCCGCCAGAACCCUCACCCUUCCGCCUCCCGCAACCCCUACGGCCACAAUGUCGGUGUUACCGACUUCCUGAGCAAUGUCUCCCGCUUCAAGAUCAUUGAGAGCACUCUGCGUGAGGGCGAGCAGUUCGCCAACGCUUUCUUCGACACCGAGAAGAAGAUCGAGAUCGCCAGGGCUCUCGAUGACUUUGGUGUGGACUACAUCGAGCUUACCAGCCCGUGCGCUUCCGAGCAGUCUCGUGCUGACUGCGAGGCCAUUUGCAAGCUUGGUCUGAAGGCCAAGAUUCUUACUCACAUUCGCUGCCACAUGGACGAUGCUCGUGUUGCCGUUGAGACCGGUGUUGACGGAGUCGAUGUCGUCAUUGGCACCUCUUCCUACCUCCGUGAGCACUCUCACGGCAAGGACAUGACCUACAUCAAGAACACCGCUAUCGAAGUUAUCCAGUUUGUCAAGUCCAAGGGCAUUGAGAUCCGUUUCUCCAGCGAGGACUCCUUCCGCUCGGAUCUCGUCGACCUGCUUUCCAUCUACUCUGCCGUCGACAAGGUCGGCGUCCAGCGUGUUGGUAUCGCUGACACCGUCGGUUGCGCUUCCCCUCGUCAAGUCUACGAGCUUGUCCGCGUGCUGCGUGGCGUCGUCGGCUGCGACAUUGAGACUCACUUCCACAACGACACUGGCUGCGCCAUCGCCAACGCCUACUGUGCCCUGGAGGCCGGUGCCACUCACAUUGAUACCUCCGUCCUUGGUAUUGGUGAGCGCAACGGCAUCACCCCCUCGGUGAGCAAGUAUAAGCUGGAGAAGCUCAAGGACAUCGAGGACCUCGUCGCCGAGGCCGUUCAGGUCAACAUCCCCUUCAACAAUUACAUCACCGGUUUCUGUGCCUUCACCCACAAGGCUGGUAUCCACGCCAAGGCCAUCCUCAAUAACCCCAGCACUUAUGAGAUCAUCAACCCUGCCGACUUCGGCAUGACCCGCUACGUCCACUUCGCCUCUCGCCUGACUGGCUGGAACGCGAUCAAGUCGCGUUGCCAGCAGCUCAAGAUCGAUCUUACUGACGCCCAGUGCAAGGAGUGCACUGCCAAGAUCAAGGCUCUGGCCGAUAUCCGCCCCAUUGCCGUCGAUGAUGCCGACUCCAUCAUCCGUGCCUUUGCCCGCAACCUUAAGUCGGGUGAGGACAAGCCUCUGCUGGACCUGACCGCCGAGGAGCAUGCCCAGUUUGUGGCCAAGGAGAAGGAGAUUGCCGUCGAGGCUCAGGAGAAUGGCCUUUCCGCUUAA